AUGCAUUUUACUACCUAUCUAUCUAUCUAUCAACGUAUGCAUUUUCCUAUCUAUCUAUCUAUCAACGUAUGCAUUUUCCUAUCUAUCUAUCUAUCUAUCUAUCUAUCUAUCUAUCAACGUAUGCAUUUUCCUAUCUAUCUAUCUAUCUAUCUAUCUAUCAACGUAAGCAUUUUCCUACCUACCUAUCUAUCUAUCAACGUAAGUAUUUUCCUAUCUCUCUAUCUAUCUAUCUAUCAACGUAAGCAUUUUCCUAUCUAUCUAUCUAUCAACGUAAGCAUUUCCCUACCUAUCUAUCAGCGUAUCUGCGUAAGCCUUUUCCUAUCUAUCUACCUGCGUAAGCCUUGUCAUAUCUAUCUAAGCAGCUCACGCUUCUCUACCUGCAAUGAAGACACAAAAGUUUUAACUGAUGUUUUUGUUUUGAUAGGAAUUCCUUUAAGACAAAUGCCAAGCCAAGUAAAUAUAAUUCGGAAGAAGAAAAAAAAAAUCAUUAACACAUUUUAA